CCCCCCGCGGUACGUUAUUCCCCAUUUCAGCGUGCUCACGCAAAGACGUCAAACCGCCAUCGGACGGAUCCUAGAAAUAUCAUCGCGUCUCGCAUCUUCUCGACUUCCUCCAUCCCCAGCAAUAAAUAAAGGCCAAAGAUUUAACCUUUCUGGCGUUGUGGUUGCCCCCGAGUCUCCCCUGCUCCCUCCCUCCCUCUCUAUGCGCGUUCCUUUAUAGAAGGUUUGACGCGGAUCGAGAGAUAUGCUGUUCUUCUACAUGAUUCUUGGUGUUGUUGCUGGUUAUAUUGCUGUCCGACUUUGGAGGACCAUCAGCUCUGGUGAUCACAAGGGAUGGGUGUCGUGCUUCUUCCCCGUUUUCAUUCCCUCAGAAUUUCUAAAGGUGAAGAGAACAGCAAUUACCUUCGUGGAGAAGCCGGUUUCCGAGUCCCCAGUUUCAUCGGAUGCUUCGCUAGGAUGUGAUUAUGAUGUGUUCUUAAGCUUUAGAGGUCCAGACUCUCGCAAGGGCUUUACGAGCCACCUCUAUGAGCGACUCCGAGAAGCGAGAGUUCGCGUGUUCAGAGAUGACGACGAGCUCCCUCUAGGAGAGGAGAUUGGCCCACAGCUUUUCCGGGCCAUUGACAACAGCAAGAUCUCGAUCCCAGUUCUCUCGGAAUGCUAUGCUUCUAGCAAAUGGUGCCUUUUUGAGCUCGUUCGGAUGCUCAAGUGCAAGAAAGAGAUGAAACAAGUGAUCUUGCCCAUAUUCUAUAAAGUAGAGCCUGCAGAUGUGAAGUGGCUCAAAGGAACCUUUGGAGAUGUCUUCAAUUCAUACAAGCAGCGUUUUGAGGAUAGCGUUGUUCAGGAAUGGAGACAAGCACUCAAAGAAGUUGGAUCCUUGAAAGGACUGGUAUCCGAAAAUAUUGCUAAUGGGAAUGAGGCAGAGCUCAUAAAAGCGGUUGUUGUAAAGGUUUUGAGCGAGUUAAAGAAUGCUUUUAAGUUAGUGACCCCUAAACACUUGGUGGGAGUGGACAUUCAUGUAAAAGAAAUUAUGACUAUGGUAGAUACUAAAUUUGGAGAUACACGGAUACUUGGAAUUCAUGGAAUGGGUGGUGCCGGUAAAACAACUCUUGCGAAAGUCAUCUACAAUAAACUGUCAAGCCAAUUUGAGCGCUGUGGCUUCUUAGCUGAUAUCCGAGAAACGGAAUCGCAUGAGGGAAUUGUGCACUUGCAGAAGGAAUUGAUCUCUGAAGUUCUUAAAGGAAGCCCCCACGAAGUUUCUAACAGAGACGACGGAAUCAAUAUCAUCAGUUCUAGAUUUGAAGGCAAAAGAGUUCUCAUUUUUCUUGAUGAUGUUAGUCACAAAGAUCAGUUAGAUGCACUUGUGGGAGGGCAUGGGUUGUUUGGCUCUGGAAGUAGGAUCAUUAUUACAACUAGAGAUAAGCAUAUUCUUAAUCAGUUUGGGACGUCAGACUGGGAAUAUGAACUUAUGGGAUUGGACAAAGAAAAUUCUAUGGUUCUAUUUUGUAGACAUGCGUUUCAACGUGACUUCCCUCCUCCUGCCUUCAACGACCUUUGUCAUGAUAUUGUCUCAACUACUGGGCAGCUCCCGUUGGCUCUUGAGGUUAUUGGGUCACUCUUGUGCGACAAAAGCGGGGCAGCGUGGAGAGACACAUUAGAGAAGUUGAGAGAAGUGCCGCAUGAGAAGGUUGAAGAGAAGCUGAAGAUAAGUUAUGAUACCCUAACUGAUGAUGUGAAGCAAAUAUUCCUUGACGUUGCAUGUUUUUUCAAUGGAACAGAUCCAAGACUUCCAACUUACAUGUGGGAUGACUGUGGCUUCUCUCCGAACUUGGGACUAGAAGUGCUGAGUCUCAUGUCCCUAGUCAAAAUUGUCCCUGGCAAUGGGGAAAAUCGGCUAUGGAUGCAUGAUCAGUUAAGAGAUCUUGGUAGAAGUAUUGUUUCUAAGGGAAACUCUGUCAAGCCAAGUGAACGCAGUAGAUUAUGGAUUCACGAGGAAGCUUUGAAAGUGCUUGAGAGAAAUGAGGGAACGAGUCAGAUCGAGGCCCUCCGUCUUGAGUAUUCCCCUUCCCUUUCUAAACUAUACUGCUUAACAAAUGAGCAGUUUAGAAAACUGCCGAACUUAAGGUACCUUCGUAUCAAGCAGGCUGAAGUCACGGGCCAUUUCAAGGGCCUUCUUCCUAAUUUAAGAUGGCUUGAUUGGAUUGCCUGCCCAACGUCUUUUUUUCCACCAGACUUUCAUCCGGAGAACUUGGUUAUUCUUAACGUAAGAGCCAGUAGUCUCACAGAGCACUGGGACGCAUGGCACCAUGUGAAUGGAUUACCGAAGCUCAAAGUUCUGAGGCUUCUGCACUGCGAGAAUUUGACUGAAACUCCUGACUUCUCAGCUCUCCGGAAUCUUGAGAUCUUGAAUCUUGAAUAUUGUGUUAAUCUAGUCAAAGUUCAUCCUUCUAUCAGGAGUAUCACGAAACUCGUAUCCUUGAGUCUGAAGGGAUGUGACAAACUCAAGGAGCUACCUGAAGAAAUGGGGAGACUAACAAACUUGACGGAGCUUCUUAUUGAUGACAGUUCCAUAAAAGAGAUUCCCAUGUCCAUAGGUCGCAUGAGGAAGCUUGAGAUUGUUUCUGCUCGUAAUUGUAGAUCAUUGGUUCGAAUUGACAGCUCCAUAAAAUCCCUCUGGAACUUGCAUAGCUUGCUGCUACAGGAAUGCAACUCAUUGGAAACACUGCCCGACUCCAUUGGACAAUUGACAUCAUUAACCCAACUGCAUUUAUCACAUUCGGCUAUUAAGGAGCUGCCCUACUCCAUUGGGAAUCUGCACAAUUUGAAAGUUCUGCUCAUGACUAAUAUAUUCUUAGAAAGUUUACCAAGAACCAUGGGAAGGUUGAAGAAGCUUGAAGAGUUAGAUGCCUCAGGGUGUAAAUAUCUGCAAGGAGAAAUCCCUAGUGAGAUAGGGGAUUUAUCUUCACUGCGAGUCCUUCGGUUAAAAAAGACCCGCAUUUCCAGUUUGCCAAAAAGCAUUCACAAGUUAUCACAUCUCCAAGAGCUUGAUUUAUGGAAAUGCGAAGAGCUACAAUAUCUGCCAGAGCUUCCCUCGAGCUUAACAAGUCUACAUUUCGCUUGUCAGAUAAUCUCAGAUAUUGCCAACCUAAUCAAUCUAACACAAUUAUCAAUGAAAGUCAAGGAUUUGAGUGCCUUAACUACGAUGAAGACCCUCUCUCAACUUGUUGAUCUCCACAUUGAACUUCAUGAUGACAUAAAAUGGCUCCCAGAUCUUCCCUCAAGUCUGUUGAAGCUUGAAGUCAGCCAAGGUCCAGAUUUGGAGAGAUUUCCAGAUUUGUCAAAUUUUAAACGCUUAUCAGAAUUGCAUCUCCACAGUUGCUCUGAGUUAACUGAAAUCAAAGGGCUUGAAGAACUUGUUUGCCUAACUGCUUUGACAGCAUCAUUUUGUGAAAAGCUAUAUAAGCUGGAGGGCCUUGAACGUUUAGUCUCAUUAAGAUCGAUCAUCAUACGGGGUUGUAAAGCAUUAGAAACAUUACCGGAUCUUUCGGGUUUGAAAUUUCUGAAGAAAUUUGAUGCUGCGGCUUGUGAGAAUCUGGUUGGAAUUCAAGGCCUUGAUAGAUGGGAAUACUUGGAAGAACUGGAUAUCUCCGAGUGUUAUUCCAUUGAGAGGUUACCGGACUUUUCUAACUUAAAUGGUCUGAAGAGAAUAGAAGCUGGGGGUUGCAAGAAGUUAGUUGAAAUAACGGACCUUUAUAAAGCUGAACGCUUGGAAAUGUUGGACCUCUCCGACUGUAGCUCUUUGGAAAGUUUACCAGAACUACCGUGCCCUGGAGCCUUGCAAUAUCUGAACAUCAAUGGCUGUGAGAAGAUCCAUGAUAUCCAAACGCUUGAGGCAUUCUCUUCAUGCAAAAGACUAUGCAUUGAAAAAUGCAAGUCAAUUGUAAACAUUCCAGAUCUUUCGGAAUUUGAAGAUUUAGAAUACUUGACCCUGAAUAAAUGUCCACAGCUUGUGGAUGUUCCAGGGCUUAAUCGAGCAAGAUCAUUAAAAUUUAUUAACAUUUCAUGGUGCGAGAUGCUUGAGAACUUACCAGAUUUGUCAGGUUUACAACUUUUGGAAGAUCUAAAAGUACGACAUUGUGGGAAACUAACAGAGCUCCAGGGGCUUGGAGGGUUGAGAUGCUUAAGCAUUGUGGAUUUCUCUGGAUGCAACUUCCUGAAACCCCCAGAAUUACCUAACAGAACACGCCAAGUAUGUUCAUCAUCUGACUACGAGGAUCCAGGCCAGAUCGUUUUGAGGUGAUUUGGAAGUUGCAACUGUCUUUUUGCCUCUGAACCAUUACCUGACCUUUUUCCCCCGUUCAACAUUAAGAACUGAAUUCUGUUUUGAGUUACCAUUCACCGUCGAUUUGUUCUUGGCCACCCCAAUAUAUUCCUAUGUCUUUUCCCAUCACGGACAUGGUGAUGCUCUAUCUUCUUUGCCAUGUGAUUUGACUAGCUGUAGUUUUUUGUUCCCUUUUGGCCGGGUAUAGUGACCAGCUGCAGUUUACUUGUUUUCUAUUAUGUCUGUGUGGCUUGCAACAAUCAGUUCCAAAGACCAACUCCCAAGUCUGCUUCAUUGAUCAGUAACCCAUGCAUUAGCAACUAUUGCAUUAAAUUUUGUUUGUCUGCA